CAAAUAUGAUCGAAUUUGGUGUUGUAAGCCUAACUUUUCCUGGGCGUGCUGCUUAGCCCAGCCUUGUGGACUUGUACCCAGUCAAAUCGGGCGUUCUCAAUCUCGCGUUGUUCUUUAAUUAUACUCUUUACUCUUUAGAUACUGAAAAACCAGAAAGAGGGGGGACGCCGAUGCAUCAAACAGCCCAAGAGCAUUGUAUACAAUGAUACAAUCUUCAAAUCUCAAUCCAGGUAACCAUUCCUCGUUUCUUUCCGCCUAAAGUUAUCAGCUUUUUUCUCAAACAAAUCGAAUGCUUCGUUUAAUUUGCAUAAAACUGCCCCAGGAAUUGAAGCACAAAGCUUCAUCCCUUACCCAUGGCCACUUCCUCUCAACCUCCUCUGUCAAACCCAUUGCAGAACUUCCUAAUUCCAAAGACCCACAACCUCUAACAGUCUCCUUCCUCCAAAACUCAUGUGGGUUAUCCUUGGAAUCAGCCAUUUCAGCUUCCAAGAAGCUCUACAUUGACAACACAAAGAAUCCCAACUCAGUUCUGGACCUGUUGAGAACUCACGGUUUAACUCAGACCCACAUCAGAAACUUAAUUAGCAGUCGUCCACUAUUGCUAUUGGCUGAUUUAGACAAUACCCUUAAGCCCAACAUGGAGCUGUUUGAAUUCUUGGGGUUUUCUAGCACCAGCCUUGCCAAAAUGCUUAUCAGAUACCCAGCUGUGCUUGAAAGUGAUGCAUACACUGCGGUUGAGUUCUUUAGAGCUCAUGGUUUCGGAAAUGAGCAAAUAUCAACUUUGACCAUGAAGCGUCCGGAAUUUUAUUUAUAUGAUGCGCAGAAGAUCUUGAAGCCAAAGUUUGAGUUUUUUCAAAUCUUUGGGCUUCUUGGAGAAGAGGAUUAUUCCGAGGUGUUCAGUCUGCAACUUUUGAUUUCAAAGAGGUUGAUCAAGGAAGAUACUAGCAUUUUUCAAGCGAUCCGAAUGAGUGAGAACAAAUUCGUGGAGAAGUUAGUGAGCAAGUAUCAAAAUGAGUUGGCUGUUUAUCUUUAUCUAAGGAAUUCAAUGAUGAAAUCAAUUCCAGGGACUGCCGCUGAGCCCAGCCUUGUAGACUUGUACCCAGUCACCUGCUGCGUUCUCAAACUCACUUUCACUAUACGCUUUAGUAAUCAGCUUUUUUCUCAAUCAAAUCAAAUGCUUCGUUUAAUUUUCAUAAAACUGCCCCAGCAAUUGAGGCACAAAGCUUCACAGCUUAGCCACGGCCACUUGUUCUCAACCUCCACUCUAAAACCCAUUUCAAAGCUCUCUAAUUCCAAGGACCCACAAUCUUUGACAGUUUCUUUCCUUCAGAACUCAUGUGGGUUUUCCUUGGAAUCAGCCAUUUCAGCUUCCAAGAAGCUCAACAUUGAGAACUUAAAGAACCCCAACUCAGUUCUGGACCUGUUGAGGACUCACGGUUUGACUCAGACACACAUCAGAAACUUUAUUAGCAGACGUCCAGUACUGCUUUUGGCUGAUUUAGAAAAUACCCUUAAGCCCAACAUGGAGUUGUUUGAAUCCUUGGGGUUCUCUAGCACUAGCCUUGCGAAAAUGCUUAGCAGAGACCCACGUGUGCUUGAAACUGAUGCAUACACUGUUGUUGAUUUCUUUAGAGCCAAUGGUUUCAGUGAUAAGCAAAUAUCAACUUUGACCAUUAAGCGUCCAACAUUGUAUUUAUUCAAUGCACACAAGAUAUUUAAGCCAAAGUUAGAGUUUUUGAAAUCUUUGGGCUUGUCGGAUCUUGAAAUUACAAACCUUCUAUGCACGAGGCCUUCUAUUCUACAAAGAAGCCUUGAAAAGCAAAUCAUUCCUUGUGUCCAAGAGCUUAGGCGGAUUCUUGGCGUUGAUGAGAAUGUCAUAAAGGCUAUAAAGGCAGCCUACGGCAUAAUUGAAGCUAAUGUGGAAAACGUGCUCAAGCCCAACAUGUCGAUGUUGAUAAGCCAUGGUGUGCCCCAGUCAUUAGCUUUGAAACUGUUCUUUUUAAGACCAAAUCCACUGCUUAUGCCGACUCAUCGGUUUAGUGAGAGUGUUAGUGAAGUUAUGAAAUUGGGGUUUGAUCCCAAUAAUAUGCUAUUUGUUAUAGCCAUCCCUUCCGUGGCAAUGAGUAAAACACUGUGGGAGGAAAAGGUGGAAGCUUAUAGAGGUUUUGGUUUGUCAAAGGAUGAGAUCUAUUCAGCAUUCAAAAGGAAUCCACUGUUUAUGGCUGUGUCAGAGAAGAAGAUCAAGAAAUCGAUGGGUUUCUUUGUGAACAAACUGAAGAUGAAGCCUUCACUAAUUUCCAAGAGUCCUGUUCUUCUACUGCAUAGCUUGGAGAAGAGAAUUAUUCCGAGGUGUUCAGUUCUGCAACUUUUGAUUUCAAAGAGGUUGAUCAAGAAAGAUACUAACAUUGUUCAUGUGUGGACAAUGUCCGAGAAAAACUUUGUGGAGAAGUUAGUGUAUAAGUAUCAGAAUGAGGUUCCUGAUGUUGUUAGAGCACACCAAGACAAGAUAGAAUUUCAAGGGUUCUCCAUUGAUUUGAAAAUGUGAGUCAUCAUGAGAUCAUCAAAUGCUUAGGGCAUCGCCAAAAGAUAAGGAGUUCAGUUUGAGUUCACGAUGUUGGCAGUCGGCUCUUUAAACUUUAUCUAAGGAAUUCGAUGAUGAAAUAAAUUCCAGUUUCUUCAGUGGCUUCAUUUAGUUUAACCCAUCUGAAUUAUUCACCAUAGUUCAGCUGUAGAAACUAGUCUAAGUUGAGCUGAACCUUUUAUGUAUACAGUAUACCAUGUGUGCCAUUUUACAGUGUUAGCCGUAUGGCACUGGAAAUUUGACAUUACAGGUAAAGAGAAGUAAACCCUGGCAUGCUCUGAUACACUGGAGGAUGAUGUUAUUUUGUAAGUGUCAAGGCAUUUUAAGAUGUUCAGUUGUGUGAGGCCUUA